UCAUUUCAUGUCAUCACCUAAUAAAUUGGAGUCUAUAUAUAAGACGAAAGCAAAUAGAGCUCGGGACACAGAAGCCUCCACAUACAUAAAUCGGGUAUACUCACUGAUAUAUAGAGAGAGAAACAGUUUGAAGAUCGAAAACCAAAGGCUAUGGGAGCUGUCAACGGUCUCUGGUUCCUCAUCCUCUUCUCCUUCGCCUCCAUCGCCAGAUCCGAUGAUUGUGUGUACACGGCGUACAUUAGAACCGGGUCGAUCAUAAAAGGAGGGACGGACUCGACCAUAGGCCUGACCCUUUACGACAUCCACGGAUGGGGGAUCCGGAUCUCGAACAUAGUAUCGUGGGGCGGGCUAAUGGGCCCGACCUACAACUACUUCGAGAGGGGCAACCUGGACAUCUUUAGCGGGAAAGGUCCGUGUCUAACCGGGCCGGUUUGCGCGAUGAACCUCACGUCCGACGGGUCCGGCCCAAACCACGGCUGGUACUGUAACUACGUGGAAAUUACCUCCACCGGGGCCCAUGUGGACUGUGCCCAGCAGCUUUUCACGGUGGAGCAGUGGUUGGCUACUGAUACCUCGCCGUAUGAGCUUACUGCUGUUAGGGAUUCCUGUGGAUCCGACGGUGCUAAGGCUCGUGAUGGUGAUCGUGUUCGCAUUAUCGACGGUCGUGGUGGGGGUCUUGUCUCUGUUGAAUAGUGCGGGUACAAAUAUCUGGAUACGGAUUUGUUUUGGAUCCUCUGAUGCCUGUGGAUCUCGAUUCCUCACAAAAUGAACGGCUCGGAAAAUGUGUUCGAAUAUUUGUGUCCCAAUAAUUUAAUUUUCCAGAGUGGUAUGUGGUUGAGUUUGAUUUUCUUAUUUUCCUCUAUGUGAUAAGUGUAUGGUUCUAACUCAGGCCCUCUUUACUGUUUCAAGUGUGCUCCUGAUUUCUUUCAGUAUUUUUUGGUAAAUUCUUAAAUACACUUGUUCUGUAUUUACAA